AUGUAUAGCUAUGAAUAUGAUCUUAAGCCUUUGGAUUUUUGUGAUACAUCUUUUUCUUUAAAAAAUUCAUUGAAGAAAUAUGAAACAAGUGAAUGUGAACGUUUAAUUCAAGCAUCAUUUCAUGCAUCUUUUAAGGAUGAUGAUGUAUUACCUUCAUCUUUUGAUAGUGUUUUUGAUUUAUCAAUAUUUAGUGAAUCACAAAGCCAAUCUGUAUCUAAAUAUUCAUCUUAUUCUGAUUUGAACUCUAAGCAACUUUUUUCUUCGGAUUAUGUUGACUUUAAUGAUAAAUCUUCUUUUCAACUUAAUUUCAAUGACUUAUUAAUUGGAGAAGAGUGUAAUAAUGAGAUGAUUAGUAAGAUUUCAAAUAAUAUUUCUGGUGUUGCACCUACAAUUUCUAAUGGAAAUUUAAUUGGCAAUCAAGCUUUUGGAGCAUGUUGGCAUCCUCUACUUAGUUCUAAUAUGUUGGAUCAGGGGGAUAAUCUUUCUUAUUUAAAAAUGAAAUCUUCAACAACGCGUGACCCUUUUACUUCUAUGCUUUCAAAGCCUAUGAAACAACACAAUUCUCAUGACAAUGGUCAAAACUCCAACGCAAAAAAUCAGUCUGCAACCAAAUCUUCAAAACAAAAUUUACACUGCUCUUUCUGUUUUAACAAUGAACGUGUUCGAUGUGAAAGACAAAAAAUUGAAUUUAAUGCUAGUAAUCCAAAAGGUUUAUGGAAUAAACAUAAUAAUAAAAAUGAUAAGGGUAUUGUAACUUGCCCAUUUUUAAGAAAAUUGGUUUGUCCAUCUUGUGGUGCAACUGGUGACUUUGCUCAUACACGUAGGCAUUGUCCUUUAAAUAAUUCUAUUUACAAGUAG